GCAGACCUCGACGACGCCAUGGACGACGACCUCACGCCCGCCACCGGCGCACGGUCGUCGUCGUCGAGCAAGGCGGCGAAGGUCACGUUCGAGAAGAAGGGGCCUCCCCUGAAGCGCUCGCAGACGGAGAUCCACGGUCUGGUAAAUGACGUCCUCGACGACGAUGGCAACAUUGUCGACCCGGGCAGCCAGAACAGCGCCGCCCCCGCCGUCGGAAAAACGCAAUCAUUGGCGGCGACGUCGGUGAUGAGGAGGGCGUGCUCGACGAGGGUGAUGGCGAGGGUGAAGGCCAUCGAGGGCAAGACGCUCGCGCCCGCGCUGAAGCAGCUGGACGCGAGCUGCCGCGACGCCAUCCGCGCGCACCUCAUACACCAGUGGGGCACUGGCGUUGAGGCGGCCAAGAGGCUCGACGUGAACGGGAACCACCUGGUGAGCCUGCAGGAGCUCGCCAUGCAGCUGGAGGAGGCGAGCGCCGAGGACCGCCUCGUCCGGGAGGCCAAGGUGCUCUUCGCGAAGGAUCCCAGCGGGCUCCUCGACGUGCGCAGCCUGUUUUCAGAGAUCGACUUCGCGUCCGAGCCGCGCCUCAUGAGCACGCGCGACUUCUGGGGCCACUGGUGCAGGCGGAGCGCCCGCGGCGCCGCAGCCGGACGCGGGCCGAAGUGGCAGGCCGUGAGCACGGAGGACCUUUUUUCGCAGUUCGUCAGCGCCACCGAGCGCCUCGAUCAGG